CCCACGGUAUAUAAGGGAUGACAAACACACUGGCCUUCAGACUGGUGUAGAUUUUUCAAGGUUAAUUAUCAUGAUGGCAACGACAAGUGCGAAAUACCCGCGGCUGGCUGUGGCUCCAUCGGUCAGUAGUUUCAGCAUUCAAGGUCUUCACCCCGCCUUCUUUUCUGUAGCAAACAGUAGAUCUUCAAAAGCAUACGCAACAGAAAAGCUAAAUCCCGAGUCUCCGGUGCCUAGUCCUACGACAGAAGGUGGUGAAAAUGAAUCAUCCACGUUAGGAGGGCCGCAGUCCUCUACCAACAGAGAACAUUUGGAAGAGUCACGGUCGCCAUCUCCCUUAAUAACACACAAGAACCCAAUGGUACAGUCGGGGCACACUUUGACUCUCGGACAAUUAUUUCACAGUACACCGACUAACACCAGCGGACACUCGCUUACUAAAUUUUCUAUUGAAGAAAUACUGGGUAGAAAGGAAGGAAAAUGCAGGGGAAGUGAUUGGAAACCAACACACGAAAAUUCCCGGGGAAUGGAUAAUGACAGUGAAGAGAAAAGUAAUGUUUCAGGAACACUUGAUAAGUUCACUCUGGACGGUGACGAGCAGUUGUCACAUUUCUCGUGGUUGCAGUGCACCAGGUAUAAACCCCCAAAACUGCCAAGAUUGAAAAGAAAAGAUGGCGUAAAGAAAAGGAAGCUGGGACGUAAUCCUCGGGUGCCGUUUACGCAGCACCAGGUGAAAACCCUCGAAGAGAAGUUUCGACGCACACAUUACCUGAGCAGUGUGGACGUGGCUGAGUUGUCCGCUGCAUUAAACCUCACCGAGACUAGGGUCAAAAUCUGGUUUCAAAACCGCCGUGCGCGGGAGAGGCGAGAUAGGGAUCAAACUAACGGGAACACAGUGUCCCCGCCCCCUUCCGUGGCAUCUCAGCGCAGUACCAACGGUUCAGCCUCAACGUCCACCAAUAUCAUCAACUUUCCGUGGCUGGGGCCAAUACCACCCAAACCAAGUGCCGUGGCUCAGUUCUCGCACGCAAUUCACUUCGGGACGUCGGCUUUCUCUCCUGUGUCGUUUGCCGGGCUUCCCGCUCCCUUGGCGGCCACGUUAACUUCUCCACUUGCUUACCCGACAAACAUUCACUCAUCGGCAGUAUUACCAUGGGUUCUACGAGAAUGAUCGACUUGUUUUACUCUAUGGCUGGGAUAUGUAGGCUAGGCUUACUUGGGGAUGAUGCGUAUUUAUAAACUGGAAAAUUUUGUUCUCAUAGUAACAAAACGAUUGGGAUGAGACGCGCAGUAACCCUAAUCAAGAAAUAAAUGUCAGCGCGACCUGAUCAUUGUAGGGAAUUUGAUUUCCGUUUCUUCUCUGCUUAGCAGAAACUCUGAAGACGUGCAAUCAGUGUACAUUAUUUCACGAUAUUCGUUUCUUUGUUUUGAAAAUAAUUUGAUAUUUUUAUAAAUGUAUUAUAGCUUUAGCCUUUUAAUUUAAACAAUUGUUAUUGCUUAGCGUUAUGAUUUUUUUUGUGUUGUGCGGAUAAUUCACAAUCAUAAAUAACUGGCAUAGAACAUGUUAUCUGCGAUACCAAUUUGCAGAUGUUUUUCGGUUCGUGUUUUCCAAGUCUCUCUCUCUCUCUUUCUCUCUCUCUUUGUGUGUG